GGAUAUGGGAGCUGGUGGUUCAGUUUUUUGACCCUACCACGUGAUUAAAAGACCCGUUUCAUGUCCUUCCCGCUCCCAUAGAUAAGCCGACAUAUCGAAAUCGCACCGGGUUGAGGCUCUCCAUGAUCCCCCGGCUCUACUGAAACUGAGGCAUGAAAAGCACGAGAACAAGGGAUGGCUUAACCCUCUAAUCCUGACAAAGAUAGGAAGAGUCGAGCAUUCCGAAUUCAACUGGUGUCUGCAACUUGUGAGGGACUACUGUUCUCGGAACAUGAGCUUCAAGGAAGAUACCCUGAAUGCCUUCUCGGGGGUGUUGCAACAUCUACAAUCUUUGAAGCCGCCGAUACUCAGCCUGUGGGGCAUCUUGAUCAUUCCAAACUCUACCACGUCUUGGGAACCGAUCAGCUAUAAUAUUGUACGCGAACAUACUACCAAGAAAAGGGAUGUUUCCAAGCUGGACAUGGGCUGAUUGGAGGCCAAGGACAGCGACAGUGGUGAUGUUUUG